ACUCUACUCCCGGUACCGGAGCUAUCCAAUUCCCUUCCCACCCAGACCGCGAUCCCUAACCCUACCCAAUGUCCUCGCCGCCGCCGGCUUCGCCCAUGGCCGCCGAGAACGAGGCCUGCGACUGGGCGGAGAUGCCGUCGGACGCGCUCGCGGCCGUGUUCGCGAAGCUGGACGUGGCCGAGAUCCUGUCCGGCGCCGGGCUGGUCUGCCGCUCGUGGCGCCGUCUCGCGGCCUCGGACCCUACGCUGUGGCGCCGCGUCGACAUGUGCUACCAGGGGGACCAGCUGCAGACCGAGGAGGUCGAGGCCAUGGCGCGCGCCGCGGUCGACCGCUCCGCGGGCACCAUGGAGGCGUUCUGUGCCGAGACCUUCGUCAACGACGACCUGCUCCGCUACAUCUCUCAGAGGGCCCCCUCAUUGAAGAGCCUCCAUCUCUGCCUGUGCCAUUACGUCACUAAUCAAGGUUUUGCAGAGGCAGUUAAUUGCUUCCCUCAGCUCGAGGAGCUAGACAUUACAUUCUGCUCAUUGUAUGGCAUCGUGUGUGAGACUGCUGGGAGAGCCUGCCCGCAGCUUAAAUGCUUCAGGUUGAAUGAGCGCUGGUCUAUUCUUCAAAGCGAGUUUGCACCCUACGAGGGCAUGGAUGAUGACACGGAAGCAUUAGGGAUCGCUAGCACCAUGCCUGGGCUCCAAGAACUUCAGUUGAUCGGUAACAACCUGACCAACGACGGACUCGUGGCAAUCCUUGACCGUUGCCCUCGCCUUGAAUCCCUUGACAUUCGCCAAUGCUACAACAUACAGAUGGACGACGCGCUGAGAUCGAAAUGCGCUAGGAUACGAUAUCUGAAGCUUCCUCACGACUCCAUCUCCGACUUCAAGUAUCGGGCUUACAUCGUCAGCAGCAUAGCCAACUCGGGCUCUGAUUUUGAGGUUGAUAUGUAUGAUGAUCUGCUGGAUGUGGUCACUGAAGAUGAUGAUGCUGAUUUCGAUGACAUGGAUGAUUUCGAUGAUACAGUCUCAGAUGGAGGCAUGUACGAUGAUGACUUGGAUAUCUGAAAUUAGGAAUCGGUUCAAACAGCUUUUCCGUGGACCAUGUAAGUGCUGUUAGCUGGAAUGGUUUCCCAUCCCUUUUCUUUGAGAUUCGGGUAGCUAUGAUGGAAUCUCCCUGAUGUUCAUACUUCUGCGCCUCUCCAUUUGUUAAGAAGCUGGAGUAGCUGAACUGGUUUUAAUCGAUGUACAACUGUUGUUUUUUUAUUCUGAACCUUUGUUAAUUGGUAUUUUAAUAAUAACCUAGGGCAAAAAAUGUGUAUA